AGUAGGUUACCUCUUAGGACGUGGGUGCCAGGGACAGGAGGGGAGGAAGGGUGUGGGUGCCAGUGCUUUCGUCACCCCGGGGCAGAGAGGAAGUCACUGUUCUAUCCAUUCUUUGCCUCCACCUGCGCUGUUUCAUAAGGUUGAACACGGGCAUCUAGCAGCAUGUUCUGCUGGGGCUCCACCCUCAGCGGGGAGCUGGGUGUGGGAGCGCCCGAGGUGGAGCAGCUCCUCCUCCCCUCCUUCAUGGACUUUUCUGAGUCAUGGAAUGUAAAGCAAGCAGUUGCCUCGGGACUGACCCACUCGCUGCUCCUGACUGAGGACGGCGUGGUGUACAGCUGUGGCAACAAUGAGGCGGGGCAGCUAGGACACUCCAAGAUCACCCGCAGACCAGAGCGAGUGGAUGAACUCCAGAAUCAUACCAUCACCCAGGUGUCUGCAGGUGACCAGCAUUCGUUAGCACUGACCUCCUGGGGGCUGAUCUUUGCGUGGGGCGACAACUUCUACGGGCAGCUCGGCAUCAACUCCACAGAGGCCAACAUCUCCACACCGCAGCUCGUCAAAAGCAUGGCGAGGAAGCAGACAGUCCAGGUCGCUAGUGGCUCCAACCAUACCCUCGCCCUUACUGCAGAUGGUGAGGUGUACGGAUGGGGGCGUAACCACCUGGGGCAGCUGGGUCUGGGGCAUCAGCAAGGGCCGCAGAAGGAGCCGUCGCUGAUCACCUCCCUCUCCGGCUCUCCACUGGUGUACUUGGCUGCCGCGGGACACCACUCGGCUGCCCUCACCCUGUCUGGAUUCCUGCUCACCUGGGGCUCAAACAAACAUGGCCAACUGGGGUACACUCCAAAAAAGGAUCCAGAGUUGAGCCACACACCCACGCUGGUCCCCAAUCUUGCCUCUUACUCAGAACCGAUUCCUUACGUGUCCUUGGGGGAGGGGCACACGGCUGCUCUCGACUCUCUGGGCAAGUUGUGGACCUUUGGCUACGGGCGUUACGGUCAGCUUGGACAUGGCAGCAAUGACGACUGCAGCAUACCCAGGACUGUCCUUGACCUCUGUGGCUCCCGAGUGGGUCAGGUCGCCUGCGGGAGAGGUCAUACUCUUGUGUAUAUCCCAUCACAGGGUCAGCUCUACGCCUUCGGGCAGGGACUCUCAGGGCAGCUGGGGAUCAAGACGCCCCACAAUCGCAACCUUCCCCAGGUGGUGGUGGGCCCCUGGCGCUCCCCAGGGGGUGUUAGCCUCCUGAACUACUCAGAGGAGCUGGAGGAGGAGACCCCCAGGGUGUAUGUACGGAAGAUCUUUGCCGGGGGUGACGUGAGCAUGGCGGCGGUGAGCAAGGAACCAGGGGCGGCCGAGGACUACUGCCAGCUUCACAACUCGGCUCCUUACACUCCCCUGCGGCUAGAGGAGGAGAAGAUUGCCCAACUGGUCGCCAUCUCGGAGGAUGACAUGAUUGACGACGACUUGUUUUCGUAUGCUGAGGUUGUGUUUGCCAGCAUGGCGGCGUGGAACAGCUCCUUUACGCGUGACGGCGCAAACAAACACACACACGGCCUCGACUACAGGCUGGCUGAGGAGUGUGUGGCCCGGCUCGGUCGCAUCACCAGGGAGUCCAUAAAGGAAGUGGUACAAGCAGGGAUCCAAAGUGUAGUGUCUCAGCUGCCCACCAACCCCGUCAGCUCCGAUUCCCUUCGCUGCUUUGUGCUGCUGCCUCUCUACAAGGACUUCAUGGACCCCAAACACAUCACCAACCUGCAGAUGCCUUACGCCGAGGCUGUGCUCAAGCUUAACAAGGAGAUGGCGGAAGUGUUUAAAUCAUGGAUGUCUGCUCUUCCUCGCGACUUCAUCCUACGUCUGGUGUCCAUCUGCAAGAAUGUGAUUGUGCAGAUCCUGAACACAGCUCAACAGUCCAACUCUGAGCAGACUGACCGUCGUGCGCUGCUCUCCUCCCUGCGUAUCCUGGCCCUGGUGCAUGGGGAGAACUUCAAGGGCGGCUCCAAGACGGCCCGCCUUUCGUACGAAGAGUUCUACAUCCCGGAGAUCGCUGAGAAGAUCGACAUCCGCAACGACUACCUCAACUGGAUGAACAACAAGCUGCGCCCUGCCCUUAGAACUGGGAGCCCCAUCUCCUUCUGUGAGUACCCCUUCCUCUUUGAUGCUCAGGCCAAGACUCUUCUGCUCAGGUGUGAUGCCACGCGUCAGAUGCAGGGAGCCAUCCGGGAGGCUGUGCUGAACAGUAACCCAAUGCUGUGGCUGUUUGACCCUGCCCAGGUUCAGUUUCUCAACGUCCACAUCCGGCGCACACACAUAGUGGAGGACACCAUCAACCAACUCCUGCAUCAUGAGAUCACCGACUACAAGAGGCCGCUCAAGGUCCACUUCAUAGGAGAGGAGGCUGAGGAUGCAGGAGGUGUGAGGAAGGAGUUCUUCAUGCUGCUGCUGCGAGAGAUCCUCAACCCUGACUAUGGCAUGUUCACAGAGUACUCAGAGACCAAGGCCAUCUGGUUCAAGGAGAGCGCAUUUGAGGCAGACGCAACGUACGCAUUGAUUGGGAUUGUCUGUGGUCUUGCCAUCUACAACUUCACCAUCAUCAACCUGCCAUUCCCUAUUGCUCUGUACAAGAAACUGCUCGGGGGGGCGGUGGGGCUGGAUGACCUCAGCGACCUUGACCCUUCUCUGACCAGAUCACUAAGGGACUUGCUGGAGUACGAGGGGAAUGACGUGGAGGAUGUGUACUGCCUCAACUUCACCAUCACGCAGGACUACUUUGGGGAGGCCAAGAGCAUCCCCCUUAAGGCUGACGGGGAGAACAUUCCUGUCACGGCGCAAAACAAGCAAGAAUAUGUCGACCUGCUGGUAGAGUACAAGCUUUCGAGCGGCAUAGAGAGCCAGUACAAGGCCUUCCAUGACGGCUUCUAUCGCGUGUGUGGCGGCAUCGUGCUCAAGCUCUUCCAGCCCAUGGAGUUGAUGGACCUUGUGACUGGGAACGAAAACUACUCCUGGGCUGAACUGGAGAAGAACACUGAGUACAAGGGUGAGUACUACCCAGACCACCAAAUCGUCAAGACGUUUUGGGAAGUCUUUCACGAACUUUCACUUGACCAGAAGAAGCAGUUUUUGAAGUUCUUGACGGGUACUGAUCGUGUGCCAAUCCUGGGCAUGAAGGCCGUCAAGAUGAUCAUACAGAGCACAGCUGACGACUCGUACCUGCCCGUAGCCCACACCUGUAUUGCUCAGCUGGACCUGCCCACGUAUAACACUAAGGAGAAGCUAAAAUACAAGCUCCUACAAGCCAUCCAGCAGAGUGAAGGGUUUGGGCUUGUGUGAUGAAGGAGAGGGAGAGGGAACGAGAGGAAGAGAGAGGAGAGGGGUGUGGUGAAAGGGAGAGAUAGAAAAGGAGAGGAAGAAAGAGGAGAGUGGUGUGAUAAAAGGGAGAGAUAAGAAAGGAGAGGAAGAAAGAGGAGAGGGGUGUGAUAAAAGGGAGAGAGAGGAAAGGAGAGGAAGAAGGAGGAGAGGGAGGGUUGAUAUGUGGCUGUGAGUCUCAAUGCUUAAUAAUGGCAGUUAAUGGAGUCAAGUUUUAUGUAAGGGGCACUACUUUAAUAAUUCAUCAAACUCCAGUAUACCUAGUCUUGCUGAUUCAUUAUUAUUUAUUAUUAUUGUUACUAUUACUAUUAUUUUUAUGUCCAUGUGUAGUAUCUGUGUGUUAACUUUGUCUUUUCCUACUCAUUUUCUUUUUCUUUAUUUUCUUUUGUGUGUUUAAUUUCUGUGUGUAUUAUUUCACUUUAUUUACCCUUGUUUUAUUUUUUAGUAUGAAAAAUUUAUAGCUAGGAAGGCACUUUAUUUUUUCAGCAGAAUUUAUGUCAGAGAAUUAUCUGUAUUAUCAUUAUUAUUAUUGUUGUUAUUAUUAUUCAUUAUUUAAAUGGCCCUGCUUUGGAUUGAUUUUUUUUUUUUUUUUAAGUGUUAAAUGGAUAAUCAGUCACAUGGUUGAUGAAUGGAAAGUCAAUUUUUUUCACCUUUUUUCCUCCUCCUCCUCCUCUUUCUUCUUUCUUUUCUUUUUUUCUUCCCCUGUUUCUUCUUAUUCUUGCUUUUUUUUUUUCUACUUUUUUUCAUCUUCCAUUACUACUACUACUACUACUACUACUACUACUACUACUACUACUACAUAAUACAUAAUACAACCUACUUAGUAUACAAUCAAGAAAACACAGUCACUCCUAUCUUAGCUUGUGGUUGUUCUCAGUCAUCUAUGCUGUUCUUCUUUUUGAACUUUGUAUGUAUUUUCCUAUUUUUUGCUGAUUAGAGAAGAUUGUAAGUGCCUAUAGAAGAUGACACUGAUGAUAAUGACUAAUAGUAAUGAAAG